AUGCCAUCCCAGCUGGAUCCUUUCCGGGGCCAGCGGUACCGGCACCUGAAGCGAGCUUGCCUUCGCCAGCAGAGGCUCUUUGAAGACCCUGAGUUUCCGGCUGCCCCCUCCUCUCUCUUCUACCAUCGAGCCCCCCCGGACGGGCUUUCCUGGAAGCGGCCAGGGGAACUGUGCUCCAACCCCCGGCUCUUUGUGGAUGGAAUCAGCCCCGGGGACCUCCAGCAGGGCAGCCUCGGGAACUGCUGGUUCGUGGCCGCUGCCUCCUGCCUGGCCGGGGAACCUGCUGUCUGGAGGAAGGUGAUCCCAAAUCCCCGUGAGCAGGAUUGGGACCCUCGUCGGCCACAGAGAUAUGGUGGCAUUUUUCGUUUCCGCUUUUGGCGCUGGGGGCUCUGGACAGAGGUCUGUGUGGAUGACCAAUUGCCCUGCCGGCAUGGGCAGCUGCUCUUCUGCCACUCGGCGGAGCCCCGCGAGUUCUGGAGCGCCCUCUUGGAAAAAGCCUAUGCCAAGCUGAAUGGCUGCUAUGAGGCGCUGGAGGGUGGAAACACAGCCGAGGCCUUGGUGGACUUCACAGGCGGCAUCUCAGAAGUGCUGGCCUUGGACGAGGGGGCUGUUGGGAGUGACCCCGAGAAGCAGGAGCGGCUGUUUGAGCAGUUGAAGAAGGGCCACUCCCGGGCAGCUCUCAUCAGCUGCUCCAUCCGGACGUUGCCAGGAGAAAAGCCGGAAGCCCAGCUGUCCUGCGGCCUGGUCCGGGGCCACGCCUACGGCAUCACCGCUGUCCGGACGGUCCACCUCCGACGGGGCCUCUUGGAACUCUUCAGCACCAAGAAGCUGCAGCUGAUUCGCAUGCGGAACCCUUGGGGAAACGUGGAGUGGGACGGGGCCUGGAGUGACAAGUCCCCUGAAUGGCAGCAAGUGAGCAAACGGGAGCGGCAUCGCAUGGGGGUCACUGUGCGGGAUGAUGGGGAAUUCUGGAUGAGCUUUGGGGACUUCUGCACCCAUUUCACAGACGUGGUCAUUUGCCAGCGCAUGAACACAACGCGCUUCAGCUGCCGACGGCGUUGGGUUGAGGGCCUGCGAUUCGGAGAGUGGGAUCCACAGAAGGGGCGUGCUGGUGGCUGCCUGAACCACCCGGACUCCUUCCUCCAGAACCCGCAGUUUUUCUUCCAGGUUCCCCAGGCGCAGGGGUCGGUGCUGAUCUCUCUGCAGCAGAUGGACCGGCGGCAGCUGCGCGGAUCCGGCUCUGGGGGGAACAACAUCCCCGUAGGCUUUGAGCUCUUCAGUGUGGAGCAGAACCGAAGCUGGCGCUUGCAGCGGAUCCCACCCCGGGCGGGCGGCUCCACCUACAUCGACUCUCGCAGUGUCGUGCUCCGUGUGGAUUUGCCUGGUGGGCGCUAUGCCCUGUUGCCCUCUACCUUUGCCCCAGGCCAGAAGGGCGCUUUCCUUCUGCGCCUAUACAGCGAGCUGCCGGCCCGGCUGCGAGAAAUCAGCCUCAAUGAACCCCCCACCCUGCCUUGCAGUUGCUGCCUUGGUGCCCCCCAGCUCAUCACUUCAGUCUGGGUCCAGCGGGCUGUGGGGCUGGCGGUCCCUGACUCCAGCAAGCCCCCAGACGUCUAUGUGAGUGUCACCUCGGAGGGGAAAGCCGUGAGAUCCCGGGUCCACAAAGCCUCCUCCAGCCCAGACUUUGAUUUCAAGGCCAUUUUCUGCCGGCGGCGCCCACAGAAGCCCAUCCGCAUCGAGGUCUGGGCCAGGCGGCUCCUGCGCAGCAGCACCCAGCUGGGUUAUAUCAAGCUGCUGGCAAACACCCCCACAGAGAGUGGCACUGCCCAGCUGCUGCCCCUGGAGGGGCCUCGCCAGGCUGGCCCCGCUGGCCACAUUCUGGUGGAGACCUUGACCAGCACUGACGUCCUGUCGCUGUGA